GAUUGGGGUCGGGUAUGGAGUAGAUCAGUGGGCGCAUCAUUGCUCCCUAUACGGAGCGCAUUUUAGGACAUCCUCCGGAGCCCGAACUACUUUUCACUAAGUGUGACCGCUGCUUUGCAAUUUCGUCUUUGUCAGUGUACCAGACAGCACCGCAUUCAUUGGACUGAGGGAGAAGCAUCAAAGUUUAACUUCUUUCCCUUCCUCGAGUCCAAUAACGACUGCUCGGUAAAUGGAUAGUUUUGUAUCUCCUGUGAAUAGUGCGCCUUCCUCUCUCGGCAUCACUUCACAGCGCCUGGAUUGGAAGCGACUAGUGUGUGGCUUGGAAGCGACUGUCGCUGUAUGGAUUGGAUUGGAAGCGACUGUCGCUGUAUGCAAGUGGCUGGAGCAAAGCACUGAGCCAGGGAGCCUGACAAUGCAGCAGGAAUGCCUUUCUAUGAGAAUGUAUACUACCCCUUUGAUUCUGACAAUGCCUCCUCAACACCCUCCAUCCUGAGUUCUCCUUGUCUUCUACCUUCUGCAACAAGGAAGCGCCCUUCUAGUGCUGGUGCAAUGUUCAAAUUCAGGACGCGGCAUGAAAGUAUGGACUGGCGAAGAAUUGGGGCCAUUGAUGUGGAUAGGGUGGCAAAUGAGUUAGACUUUAUAACCCUUCAGGAAAACGUCAUGAGCAUCACUUUUUGCAACCUGGAAGAUGAAAAAUGUCCGCACUGCAAAAACAGCCUGGAUCCCAUUCUUCUUAAACUGUUUCGUCUUUCCCAGUUCACCAUUGAGUAUCUGCUGCAUUCCCAAGAGUAUCUUACCUCUAGCUUGCGGAGUAUGGAAGAAGAGGUUCAGGCUGCUACCAAAGAAGCGGAGCAGAUAAAGCUUAAAAUGGUUAAGCAGUCUGAGGAAAUAAAGUCCCUUAAAGAGGAGUGCAAGCGUAGGAAGAAAAUGAUUGCUUCACAGCAGAUGAUGAUCAGUGCUAGUGCUGGAUCUUAUCACAAGUGUAAUUUUUGCGACAAAGCUUUUGUGAACUAUUCUUACUUGCAAAGCCACAUGCACAGGAGGCAUCCACAAUCAGCAGACAGUGUCUUUUUCCAAGAAAAAUCAAAACAACACACAAGUGAAGUAUUACAGAAUGAAAUAAGCAAGCUAAAAAAUGAAUUGCAGAAUACCAAGUGCCAGUUAGAGGCUGAAAAAUGUGCUCAAAUAGAGAAGCUUUCAAAGAUUCAAGAAAUGGAGUGCCAGAAAGCAUUUGAACAAGAGUUACUAAACAAGUUUAAAAGCUGGAAAGAGGAGGAAAAAGAAAAACAUGCUGAAGAAAUAGCUAAAGUUAAAGGCAUGUUUAGUAAAGAGCUUAAAGAAUUAACUAUGAAGAAUGCCUCUUUAGAACAGAUUCAUGAAAUGGAGCAGCACAAAACAUUUGAGCAAGAUAUGCUGAAAAAGUUUAACAGCUGGAAAAAUGAAGAAAAAGGAAAACAUGCAGAAGAAAUGGUUAAAGUGAAGGAUAUGUUUCAGAAAGAUAUUAAAGAAUUAACAAUGAAGAUUGCGGUUUUAGAAAAAUUUCACGAGACAGGACGUCGGAAAACAUAUGAACAAGAGAUGCAAAAAAUGUUUCACAGCUGGAAAGAAGAAGAAAAAGAAAAACAUGCUGAGGAAAUAGCUAAAUUAAAAAAUAUGUUUCAGAAGGAGGUUAAAGAAUUAACUGUGAAGAAUGCCUCUUUAGAAAAAGUAAAAGAACAGUCUGUAAAGCUGCCAGCUCCUGUCACUCCAUAUUCAGAAAUCGUACAAGCUCCAGCACCACUGUCAUCGCAUCACUCGGAGAUAAAACCUAUUGCAUCGUCAUUAAGUGACAGAGCCCAUAUAUUGGAUCCUAUUGAAGAGCUUACAGAGGAGGAGCGAGAUGUAGAAGCAGAUGUAUCAAGCUCACAGAAACCACAUGGUUGGAAGAAGAACCAAUUACUAGCUAAAGAGCUCCGGGCAGUUUUUGAAGAAGGAUUGGCCGAAAAAUUAGAGUCCCUAGGAGUGAAACCAGGUGCACGUGGUAUCCCAAGUGACCACUGUAAAAAGAUUUUGGAAUCCAGUAAGCAUGUUAGAGAGGAACGGGAUAAGCAAAUGCCAUUAUAUCGGCAAAUGCGGCAAAACCUCACAAGUAGUCUGAAUUGCAAGGCUGAGGAACGUACAUCUCCAGCAGCAGGAAGCAGAUCCUCCACUUUGCACUCCAAGUCUGAAGUGUCAGUAUUAAAAUCUUCCCAGAGGAGUCACCUAUCCGAUCAAAGAUCUUCAGCAUCAAUGAAACCGACAAAGGCAAAAGUUAAAGCUGUUUUAUCAAAAGACACUUUUGCUAAAAAACCUCCAAGUAUUAACUGUCUAAAUGUUUAUUUCAGGACCCCCCCUUUUAGCUCUGACGAUGAGUCCUGUGCUGAUGCUGGUCCUUUGCCAAGCUGCAACACUACCGAUUCUUUAAAACUGAGACUCCCUCUCAAAACAAAAGGCAACGUAGGAUUUGUAGAAAGUGAAAGUGAUUCUGAAGGGAGCUUCCUUGAAGAGCUUCAGCCCCAGUGGGUCAGCAAACAUAAUGUUCAGAAACAAACCCCUGCAACCACAGCUCCAGCAACAUUGGUAAAAGAACGGUGUGAACAAAUAGAAAAGCAGCCUAUGUUGCCUUCAGUAAAAAAUAAACCAGUUGGUGGUGUUAAUGUUGGUUAUGGAUUUGCCAGCAGCAAGGAUGAAGUUAUGGAAUUGAAGGUUGCUGAUAUAGAUGAAAAUGAAUUUGAUAAUUCCACCACGGAUGAGGAAAGCUUUGAAGUGCCAAGAUCAGUUAAAAGUCGACCUUUAGCUAAAAAAGUAAAAAACGGAUAUGCUGCUGCUCCUGUUAGAAAUACGUUUGUUUCCAGAACAGCAAAAGAAGAUGUUGUGGAUACCUCAAGCACACUCGUAAGCAGUUUAGUUACUGUUAGUGACUUCAGCGACUCUUCAGACACCUGAGAAUCUACAUUUUGUGUCUGGAUUCUUUUGCCUGGAAGAAAGAUACUGCAAAUAAGGCCUUGAAGUGCCUCAGAGAUGAGAACAAAUGACAAUACUCCUGUAUAAGUAGGGCACAGGUAGUCACGUCUUGUCAGUAUUAUCAACUCAACUCUGCCGCCCAAAGCAAUCGAGCAGCAAAACAUGUUUUAAUGUAAAUUAUUUUAUGUUUAUUUUUGUGAGCUCUUUUUAUUGUCUUUAGGUACGAUUAUAACUUCUCAGAAUGGUACGACCUACUUUAUAAAAGCCCCAUAGCGUGUGCAGCUAGGGUGUUUUUCAUUGUCUGACACUUCCUCUCCAUUAUUUCUGCUGGUACGUCUUGUUUGGAAAGGGUUUGAGCUUUGACAGGUGGGAUUUAAAGGAAUCCAGGGCUCAUUAGUCAUAUUUUAGGCCAGUAGUCUAAUGCUGCCACUAGUUUAGAUUUGUCUCUCUCACUAAAGCUGGAAAAGAAAUCUGGCAAAGGAUUUAAUUGUAAUGUAUAAACUUCUGCAACAGAUUUAUGUAUAACAUAUACAUAUAAUACGUGUGCUUAAAUAUGCAGCAACCCCUUGCAUAGCAAAUCCUUUACAGAGCAGAUUAAUUGCGAUUAAAUGAAAAGUAAAUGCCACUAAAGCAAAAGUCUAGAAAUGGUGAACCUUAUCUUUAUAUUAAAUGGUACCAGCCCAGAGACAUAGAAGCCUGUAGAAGUGAACAGACAUGCUCCAAAGAUAUCCCUACAGUGCUACGCAAUAUGUUGGCGCUAUAUAAAUACAUGUUAAUAAUAAAUCCCUAAAAGCUCACAGUUCUGAGCUCCUGUUAGCCAGUUGAGCUUAGGGUUCUGCUCAAGAAAUAAUGAGCAGAAAAGGAGGUUAAAUCUGUCAACUGGACCCUUUACCUUGCACAUUUGAAAUUCACAUGCUCAAUGGCUGAUUAUUAAUGAGCUCAAAUGGCUGCUGCAGAAUGUACUGAUUUCUAAGUAGUAAUGCAAAAUGCACCUGAAUUGCUCUGUAUAGUCUUUAUCAUUGUAGCCUGCGGAUUCCAUAUGUGGUUCAUUGAUGGGACAAGGUUGCAUAUCUACAUGUAGCUUAAGGCUCCAGUCACCAGUUUACUUUACAUGCUGCAACCAUGUAGCAUGAAUACAAAUUAAUUCAGCAUGUGAAUCUUGAGUUUGGUUUAAAGGAGGUGGUGGCAUGUAUGCACAGAUAAGAACUUGUUUUGAUCAGUUUUAAAAAAUUGCUGGCAAAGGACAAAACAUGUUAGGGAUGAGGUUUAAAUGGUUCUGAGCUUUGUUAUGUCCGUCCUUUUGUAUUCAAGCUUGAUUGCUUACAGGGCACAGGUCCGUCUAUCUGAGCAAUGACCUUGCUGCAUUCCAUAGCAUUGGACGGUAUCUCUGCAUAAAUGUUUUUCAAUGCAGAAUGCUUUUCUUUUUUAAUUUACUUAUUUUGAACAUGUAACAUCAAAUUUCCCAGGCUUUGCCAUGCACCACAGCUAGUAAAUAUAUAAUCCAGGGAAAUGCCAGCACUCACGAUAAAGCCAAAUAAUGUGCCUGGAUGCAGAAUCAUUACAUGUAACACAAACUUCCAAUAGAGUCCGCACUGUCAGGUCUUAAAACAAAAACUGUUUUAUUAAUUCUAUUCUACCGACUGACGUUUCUGCCUCCCCAAGGCCUUUUCUAGCACAUGCUAUAUCCCUUUUAAGCACUUUUGUAAAGUACUAGUAUUGUUUCAUUAUUUUUCAUUUGCUACUUUAACUUGUUUCUCUCUCCCAUUGGCAAGUAUCCGCAUUGAUCGUGCUACUGUGAUCAAUUUCUGUAUACGUUUGAUUCAGAAUGCGGUCUGACUGCAUGUGAGAUGGUGUAAAUGGUCGCAAGAUCUCGUAGGAUCAUAAGUGUGACUGCAGGGAUGCACCUCAACAUUCCCACUGCCAGAAUAAUGUACAUCUUCCAAGAGGAUGCCUCCUGAGCUGUCACAGGCACGUUUUUUCAUGGUACUGGUGCACCUCUGGAUUCCUUCCUUUUCAUAUCACUGAAUUAUCAAAAUGUAUAAUUGGGUUUUGCUGAGCUCAAAGGGAAUGGAUAUGAGGGAGGGAAGGCUGCCAGUGUUUAAACAGGAUUAAAGGUACUUAAGAUUUUCAUUGCAGUUUUGUGAUACCUAUGCCAUUUUUGAAUAACUUUUUACAGUAUUAUUUCUAUUAACUAGAAAAUGUGCUAUUGAAUAGCCAGCAGGUUUUUUUACAUUGAAUUAUUUGUAUAUGUACUAUACAUAAUUAAUACUUGUUUAGUUGUGUAGCGGCCAAAUCUAAAAAUGUAUAUGUGUAAUAUUAGAAUUACAAUGACUAUAUGUGUAGAUAUGAUUAUUUGGUCUUUUCUGAGCCUGUGCCACAUAAAAACAUUUAAGCAGCCUCCUGAUAGUAUGGUUUUAGAAACUCUGCAAUUCUCUUUAGUAAUGGUUAUAUUUCCAGAUUGUAAUGCUCAGUUGGGAGUAUACUUGGGCACCAAAGCAAAAAACCCAUGGUAAAUUCCUAAUUAAACACGGUACAAUGAAGUCAAAAUGCUGCAACAUUACUUAUUAAAAUCAUUUUUAUUCAA